GAGAUAACCAGCUAAGGAUGGCCGAGGCCACAGCCAAAACCAUGUUAGGUGAGAUCAGCCAGGGUCACCUGGAAUGCCCCAUCUGCUUCUGUCGGUACAAAGAUCCCAAGAUACUGGACUGUCUCCACACCUUCUGCCUCAACCGUCUGGAUGGGAUGUUGAGCAAACAGCAGCCGAGUACAGUCACGAUCACAUGCCCGGUCUGCAGGAAGAAAACCCCAGUGCCGGAUGCUGGCUUGCCCGGUCUACUCGAUUGUUUCUUCUUGAGUUCCCUGGUGGACGAGAUCAACCAGCAGGAACGAUCGCUGGAGACCCAGCAUCAAGCAACGACUUCACCGACGUGUGACGCAUGUGAGGAGGGGUUAGAGGCCGUCUCGAAAUGCCUACACUGCGAGGAAAAUCUGUGCCAGCUAUGCAAGGCGGCUCAUGUACGAUACAAACGCACCAAGACUCAUCGAGUUACACCAGUUGAAAACCUGGAGCAGAAGGAGGUUCCUUCGGCAGAUCUCAGCAAGACGUAUUCUCCGAAAUGUCCGAAGCACGCUAACCAGGAGAUGCAUUUUUACUGCGAGACGUGCAAGAUGUUGGCGUGUGGCACAUGCGCCACAAUCGAUCACCGAUCGGCUGACCACCAGUUGAGUGAAAUUGCAGACGCCGUCAGAUCCUACCGUGAAGAAGUGAAUGAUGUCUUGCAGAAGUUUCAGAAGAGCAAAGAGGAAUUCAAAGCGAAUGACGAGGCAGUCGACCAAGCAAGAAACAGGCUGAAAAUAAUGGUGACCCGGGCCUGCAGCGACAUUCAAGCUAAGGAGGAAGAAGAGAUUUCCAAAAUCAAGAACAUGUCUCGAAUUCUAAGAGACAAGGUCACUGAAAUUGGCAAGAAGAGAGAAGAUGAGUUUGUUAAAGUUCACACCAACAACAAGAAGAAGAUGGAACGAGCAGAGGAGAUCGAGGCAGCGGUGACUGACUUGAUGCAACAAGCUGAUGACUUUGAACUCUUGAAUUUGAAGCCGAAGGUGAUGAACAAUCUGGAAUUCCAGAAGGAUCUCCAGUUUGAGCGAGUGAAACACGGUGAAUCAUUCAUCGGAGUGAAAUGCCAAGACGUUGUGCGAGACAAAGACCCUGGUGAAGUACUUCAUGAAGAGAAAUGGAAGUUGAAGACCGAGUUUGGGAAGCAAGGAGAUGGGGAAGGUGAAUUUAAUUGGGCAAGGGGCGUCUGCUGCUUUAGCAAUGGCGACAUUGCUGUUAACGAUAUCGAUAACAAGCGGAUAUCUGUGUUUACUUCUGCACGACACUACAAAACAAAGUUGGAUGUGAACGCAACUCAUGGUUUUGCUUUAACGCCAGAUGAUCAACUUCUAGUUAACUGUGACGGCAUUGUAAAGGUACAUGACACAAACCAUCAAGUAAUUUCUCUAUUUAAAUCAUCACAGACUGACGAAACGGGUCAACCGGCAACAGAGCUUACUGGAAACAUUGCAGUGGACAAGGACACACGUGUAGCAGUGAUUAACAAGAACGCAACGGUCACAUCUCUCCAUAAUCUGGACGGAUCUUUGAUCCUAGACAUUCCGAAUACUGAUAUGAUUCCAGAAGAAAUUGCCGCAAGUGACAAAGGAUGUUUGAUUUUCACAAAUUAUUACAAAAGUACAUUGCGAUGCGUAGAAAUGACGGGGAAAGAAGUGUUUACUGUUGGUAUUUCUCUGGAUGACGAAGAGGUGAGGCCAGUCGGUGUAUGCUGCGAUGAUGCGGGCGACAUCUAUGUUACCUUUCAGUGUGGUGAAAACGUAGGAGGCACUGAAGUGCGCCACUAUGAUUCCCAGGGGGUCUACGUUGAUUGUGUUGCAAAAGAAUUGUUGUGGCCAUUUGGCAUCACCUUUUCCCCAAGCGGAGAACUUGUAGUGGCUGAUCAGAGCUCUGUCAAGAUAUUUCAUCGAUUAUGAACUCAUACGGCGUAUGGAAAAG